AUGGCUUCACGAUUUCCACGUCAACGCGAUCCCCGCACUUCAUCUUCCCUGUUCGAUUCAUACGGUGGCAACUCUCGCCCGGCCAGCAGAUCACCGGCUCCGUCUGGUGGAUAUGGAUACGGAGGCUAUUCCAGCCCAGCAAGUAGCUAUCCAAACGGCGGUGGCGCAAAUGCCUCAUUCAGGAGCGCGACCCCGGAUAAGAAAGGCCACUACUCCGACGCAGUUCUCUCGUCUCUCGAAUCACAAAAUGACUCAGAAGUGGAAGGCAUCACCGCUAAGGUGAAGAUGCUGAAGGAUCUCUCGAUUGCCAUCGGCGACGAGAUCCGCGAUACUAGCUAUCUAGAGGGACUUGAAAGUUCAUUUGAAAACACUCGAGUCCGAAUCCGCGGAAACAUGACCCGCAUGAUGCGCAUGGCUGACAGUACCGGUGUCGGCUGGAAAGUGUGGCUUGGGUUCUUCUUCGCCGUCUUCCUCUUAUUCUUCUACGUGUGGAUAUUCUAG